AAGAUCUGUUUUAAAUGGAAAGGAACAAAAAAACAAAAUCUCAAAAGCUUGAAUGAUCAUGGAUUUUUUUUAAUUUCCAAUUUCGAAUAUAUUCGUUGAAAUCUCUUUCUCUAUAUUAAUUUUGUUAAUGGGAAUCACAGGCUAACAGACUAAUAAUCUCUACCGAGAGAAUCCAUCCGGAGAGAUCACAAUACAACAAUGGUGGAAGGAGGGAUAGCUAAAGCAGACAAAACAGAGUUCACAGAGUGUUGGAGAACGACAUGGAAGACACCUUACAUCAUGAGAUUAGCUCUCUCCGCUGGUAUCGGAGGUCUUCUCUUCGGUUACGAUACGGGAGUCAUCUCAGGAGCUCUUCUCUUCAUCAGAGAAGAUUUCGAUGAAGUUGAUAAGAAAACAUGGCUUCAGUCUACUAUUGUUAGUAUGGCGGUGGCCGGAGCCAUCGUCGGAGCUGCCGUCGGGGGUUGGAUCAACGAUAAGUUUGGUAGGAGGAUGUCGAUUCUUAUCGCUGAUGUUCUUUUCUUGAUCGGUGCGAUUGUUAUGGCGCUUGCUCCUGCUCCGUGGGUUAUCAUCGUUGGAAGAAUCUUUGUUGGGUUUGGUGUUGGUAUGGCUUCGAUGACGUCGCCGUUGUACAUCUCUGAAGCUUCUCCGGCGAGGAUUAGAGGUGCACUUGUUAGUACUAAUGGUCUUCUCAUCACUGGAGGACAGUUCUUCUCCUACCUUAUCAAUCUUGCUUUUGUCCAUACUCCGGGAACAUGGAGAUGGAUGUUGGGAGUUGCGGGAGUUCCGGCGAUAGUUCAGUUUGUGCUUAUGCUGUCUCUGCCUGAGUCUCCACGGUGGUUAUACAGAAAGGAUAGGAUUGCGGAGUCGAGAGCAAUUCUUGAGAAGAUUUACCCGGCGGACGAAGUGGAGGCGGAGAUGUUAGCUUUGAAAGAGUCUGUGGAGGCAGAGAAGGCGGACGAGGCGAUCAUCGGAGAUAGCUUCAGCACUAAAAUUAAAGGAGCUUUCGGGAAUCCUGUUGUUAGACGUGGGCUCGCGGCUGGUAUCACAGUGCAAGUGGCACAGCAGUUUGUGGGGAUCAACACUGUCAUGUACUACAGUCCUUCAAUAGUUCAGUUCGCUGGUUACGCCUCCAACAAGACAGCUAUGGCCUUGUCUCUCAUUACUUCUGGCUUGAACGCGGUGGGUUCGAUUGUGAGUAUGAUGUUUGUGGAUAGGUACGGGAGAAGGAAGCUGAUGAUCAUCUCUAUGUUUGGGAUCAUUACAUGUCUUAUCAUAUUAGCCACUGUGUUCUCACAAGCGGCCAUUCACGCCCCCAAGAUUGAUCCGAUGGAGUCGAGGACGUUUGCUCCAAAUGCUACUUGUCCAGCGUAUGUCCCGCUAGCAGCCGAAAAUGCUCCUCCUUCAAGGUGGAACUGCAUGAAGUGUCUCAGGUCCGAAUGUGGAUUCUGUGCCAGCGGAGUACAGCCGUAUGCACCAGGAGCAUGUGUGGUGUUGUCGGAUGAUAUGAAAGCAACUUGCGGCUCAAGAGGAAGAACAUAUUUCAAAGAUGGAUGCCCAAGCAAGUUUGGGUUCUUAGCAAUAGUGUUUUUGGGUCUUUACAUCAUAGUGUAUGCUCCAGGUAUGGGCACUGUCCCGUGGAUCGUCAACUCUGAGAUCUAUCCACUCAGAUAUAGAGGUGUUGGUGGAGGGAUAGCUGCCGUCUCGAAUUGGGUCUCCAAUCUCAUUGUGAGUGAGAGCUUCCUCUCACUCACCCACGCUCUCGGCUCCUCUGGGACCUUCCUUCUCUUUGCCGGCUUCUCCACAAUCGGGCUCUUCUUCAUUUGGCUGCUCGUUCCUGAAACCAAGGGGCUUCAGUUUGAGGAGGUUGAGAAGUUGCUUGAGGCCGGCUACAAGCCCAGUCUCUUGCGGCGGAGGAACAAGAAGGGCAAAGAGGUCGAUACGGCUUAAGACGAUGAUGAUCACUGACCUUUCUCUCUAUAUUUUUAUUGUUAUUCGCAACCAAUUCCCAUUUCAACAUUGUAUCGAAGACCUUUUAAAACUUCAAAGAAAACAUGAAUGAAAGCAAAGCUUCUCAAAGACCUUAAGAGCUCUUAUACUAACGUGAAUUUACCCCAAAAAAAUGAGUUUGCAAGAGCAUGCGACCAACUUAGGCAAACAGCUUUGUGUAGCCCAAAGCAUCAGGUUAAAUAAUAAGUGAAUUACUUACUUUUGAGACAAAGCCAUAACUAUCAAUGUCAAAGUGGUGGGGCAAACAACUGUUUCAACGAUAACCAAUUACUAUUGUAGGACAAGGCAACUAAGUGGUGCCAGAUAUGCUGACAAACAAAUCAUCUACAAAAUCCACCGUCAGACUCAGACAGAUCCACAGACAAGCUCGAAAGAUCCAACAAUAAUUGAUCCCAAAUCGAGUAAAGCAAUUGAUCAAGAAAUAUCGAUUAAAAAUUGCUUAGUUCUUGAACAAACCUUUCUUUGCCUUAAAAAAUCAGCAUACUCCCCAAACCUCACAAACCAGAAGCCAAAACCUGAAAAUGCUACACUUGCAAUCCAAAUAAGCACUCCCUUGAAACCCC